AUGUUUGAUUUUUAAUUGAUAUCCAUAAUCAUUAUUUUAGGAUUUAGUUUAGCUGCUUGGACAGCUGAUCUUCUUAAAAUAGGAUAUGGCAAGCAUCUUUCUCAUUAUAUGAAAUUGACACUACCUCCAAGAAUAGGAUGGAUCCUCUAUGAAUGUCCUAAUUUGAUUUGGUUUAUCUAUUUUCUUUCAGACAUAAGGUUUGAUUUGAAUAAAUUACCAAUUUUAUUGUUUGUUGCUCAUUACUUUAAUCGAGUAAUCAUCUAUCCUUUAAGGUAAUCAGAAAUUUAACUAUGAUUUUAAGAUUAUCUCCCUUUGCCAGACCCAUUCCUAUUGAAGUUGUUUCUAGUGCAAUGUUAUUCACUACAUGCAAUGGAUAUCUAUAAAUAUCAACUCAUUUAAAUCUAGAUUAUUAAUUACACAUUUUUGAUUAUUUAAGAAUUCUUUUCGGUAUUUUAAUAUUCCUUUAUGGCAUGAAUUCUAAUAUCAAAUGUGAUAAUAUUUUGAGAAGUUUAAAGAAACAAAAUUCAAAUGAAUACAAGAUUCCAUAUGGCAAUUUAUUUGAAUUAGUAUCAUCCGGUCAUUACUUAGGAGAAAUAAUAGAAUGGUAAAAAUAAAAAAUAAUAAAAAAGGUUCGGAUAUUUUUUGGUUAGUGGAUAAUGGAGUGGAUUUCUAUUUUUCUUUUCAACUUUAUCAAUUCUUUCAGCUAGAGCAGUUUCAACUCAUAAAUGGUAUAAAAAUAAAUUUGAUAAUUACCCUAAAUAAAGAAAAGCCAUAAUUCCUUUUAUUUUAUGA